UCAAACCGGUUCCGAGUUCAAACCACCUCUCCUCCGAGGAAAUAAUUCUCUACACAUCCUCACCCAAAUCAACACCUCGUCUUUCAUCUCCCUCCUCCGCAGGAAUCUCAUUCUUCUUCUUCUUUCUCUACUUAAGACGAUAGUAAUCGACAUCAAAAGCACAUGGCACCCACGCAAACCUCCCGGAAAAGGUACAGCGGCCCUGACGACGACUCCCCUGCCACCAAACGCCAGGCACGAGGCACCACCACCACCACCACCACCAGCACCACCUCCACCAGCAACGGCCACGACGACGACUCUUCCCCGGUGCAGCUGCGGUGUCUGAUUGCAACUCGCGAGGCGGCGGCGCUGACGACGGGGAAAUUGGCGGACGAGGCGGCGGAGAUCAGUCGCGGUUGCGGUGUGCAGCUUGCGUAUAGUGAUGAUGUUGCUGGGGCGGCGGAGAGGGUGUUGACUGUUUCUGGGAGGGCGAAUGCGGUUGCGAAGGCCUGCUCGGCACUCGCGCUCCAGCUCUCCUCCAAACAAUCCCCCGACACCACCACCCUCUCCCUCCGAACAAUCAUCCCCCACAAACUCCUCCCCUCCAUCCUCGACCCCUCCACUCUUACCCCCUCCGGCGCCUCCCUCUCCGCCUCCUCCACCUUCCUCCCUCUCUCAACCGAACGCACCCUCCUCAUCUCCGGCUCCGCCCCCGCCCUCGCCGCCGCCCUAACCGACAUCUGCUCCUCUCUAGCCGACCAGUCCGACCGCAUAUCAACCUCCUUCCUAGCCCAGUUCUACUCCCCCUUGCCAAUGUACGGCGUCUACGCCCGCCCGGCGCACUGGCGCAUGUCGGUCCAGAAAGGCGUCGCGACGCCGUUCAAUCCCUACGCUCUCGCGCCAACCGGUUUCUCUGCCGCAGACUACGCCGUCGCGACUGGCGCCUCCCUAACCGCGCAGGCAGCCGCCGUAGCAGCCACCACCGCUGCUGCUUCAGGCUCCGGAGCACAAGACACCGCCGCGGUCGACAGCGCAGCGCGUGCGCAACCCGUCCCGAGCGUGCAACCCGCGCAAUCAGUACAAAGCGCGCAGCAACAAGCCCAGCACGCACUUCCAGGCCAACCACUGACGCAGCAAAUCUUCAUCCCGAACGACAUGGUCGGCGCCAUCAUCGGCAAGGGCGGAUCGAAGAUCAACGAGAUCAGACAGUUGUCCGGGUCGUCGAUUAAGAUUAACGAGCCGCAGGAGAAUAGUAAUGAGAGAUUGGUGACGAUUACGGGGACUACGGAGUGUAACCAAAUGGCGCUGUAUUUACUCUACUCCCGACUCGAGAACGAAAAGCACCGCUGAUAACCUUCGAACUUGCAGGUUCUUGCAAGUUCUCGACGCGAACAGACUCCGCUGUAUCUGAUUUAAAUUUCACGAUGAGUGGAUGUACAUUAGCAAGCUGUUAUGGAAAUUUAAUCUCGUGGUGCUGUAUCUAUAUUACAAGUGCUGCGUCGCUACUAUAUUCACUCCCACUUUCUAUCUAAUGAUCUCUAUCUAAUAAUCUAUAAACGGGUAUUAAUAGUAUUAUAACAAUCGCUGUAUACACACAACAACAAGCAAGUUUUAUAUAAAAAUCCAAACCAACGACGCAAAC